AUGAGAUUAAUCAACAAUGCAACAAGUAUACAUGAUAUUUGUAUAGUGCAAAGAUUAGUAAAGGCUGCAAGAGACGGAGACGUUAACAAACUGCACAACGUAUUGAAGGAGGAUUUUCAAAUACUAGAGAAAACAUGUUUAGUUUAUUUUGCAGAGUCACCUCUUCAUGUUGCAGCACUAUCAGGGAAAACAGAUUUUGUGAACCACAUUGUGGCUCGAAUGCCUUCAUUAGCCACAGAAACAAACCAGCAAGGUCAUCUUGAGACCGUUAGGGACCUGUUGAAGGCGAAGCUUGAUGAUGAUGGGGUGAAUCAAUGCCUUUUGAAAGACGAUGAAGACUGGACUGCGCUGCACCGUGCAUCACAGAAAGGCAAAAGCCGGGUGAUGGCGCAAGAGUUAAUCAGCAAAUGUCCUCAGUGCCGAGAACAAGUGACAACAAAAGGAGAGGCUAAUCGAUUUGAAGCAGUGAAAUUGCCGGCGGAGAGGAUUAAAAGGCUUCCAAAUUUCCUAACACAGUUGAAGGCCUAG